GUUUUUUCUUUCACAUUGAGUGGCUUGACAACAUCUCUUUACAAGGGUAGCAACAUCACCACACACACCCUCGCCAAUCCAAAACUUGUGACGGGUAAAGCUCGGUCAAAGCCACCUAUGGCCUAUCCUCCACAUCACCACAUGCAGCAUGAGACUGUCACAUCCAUGCAGUCUCUGCUCGCAAUCAGGAGGCGUUUUGCAAGCCACCAGCAUUCCUUCUACCGGUGUUGAUCCAAGCCCGAAAGAAGCCUGACUUCUUGGUCUCAGUUACGAUGUCCAAUAUCUCCAGACAUAACUCCGGGGCAAAUUCAACGACAGCAGCUUGUCCAUUGGCUGCACAGCUGUGGACCUUCUCAGGACAUCGCGGAUUGCAAGCACUGAUGUCGUUUCAGCAUCACUCUUGUAAUCCAUACUCUUGUAAUCCAUCCUCUCAGCUCAACAUUCUGGAUGAAAUGAGGGCUCGAGCAUGGUAUCUCUUUUCCUCGUUUUCUUCUUACCUUGAUCCCAGUGAGGAGCAAGACUGACAAGGUUCUCCAACCAGGGCCAAGCCAACCACCUACGCCGCACCGCGCGGACCUCCCGUACCGAACAAUCUGACCCUAGAACCUAGUUGAGAACGUCGAAGAGUUCGAGAAACAUUGGUCACAGCCAGACGAAACACCCUGGCUAUUCGGAACCCGGAACAAACAUUGGUCAAGGUCGAGGAACACAACGUGUCUUGGCGUGGGCAUCUCUGCAAGACGCAAGGUUGGACGCCAUCUGUCAUGCAAGAAAGCAUCUGGCAAAAGCAAAGUGCCUGGCUCGGACCGUAAAUUGGCCGGCAGUGUGGUGUUGACCCCCAUGCUCACCGAGCUGCGAGUCGACCCCUGUCGUCGACUGCGCAUGCAUGAAACCCUUGACCACGAGCAACCAGUGACCAAACACACAAGCUUUGGUCAAGGGUAUGUUACCUGGUUCAAGUCAAUCCUUCGCCUCAAUACGCAGGUGCUUUUGGUAUGUGAUGACCAACAACGCCAGAACCGGCUGCCGGGGAACGGCUGUGUUGCAUUUCCGGGGAAAGAGGUUGAGCUCCUGGGGGGUUGUUCAAAGCCUUGCGCAGGGGCAAAGCAAAGGAUGAAGCCAAAGGCGAUCAAGUGCAUCCAGAGGGGUUAGGCAUGCGUCAAUCCCAUCACGCAACGGUCAAGGAAACGCCCUAGACAGGAUGCGGAUGCUGUCCGGGGAAGUCGACCCAUCGCAGGAAGGAUUUCGUCUUAUCGAAGGCAAGCAAGAGGCACUCAAUUAUAUUCAACUUUUGAGAGUUUGAACAGGGCUGACGGGUGUGGCUACGUUACCCAUAUAUCGGAUGCCAUACCGUUGUUUUAUUUUCCUUCGACUCCACUCUUCCGUCUUCCCUGCCGUGCCGUUUCCAAGCUGCCGGGUACAGUGCAUCCUGACUUGGUUCCAGAGACCACACCUAACCCUGAGAACGACAACAACAGUGACCCCACGCCAGGCUUGACACCCCGUUCGAGCUUCGACCUCAACGACCACAGCUUUGCCUUUUCAUUGGAAAGCAAAAGGCUCAUACGAGGCUUCACCCUGAUCGACCCCAACGACCACAUCUCGACCUUUCCUGUCGAUGACAACAGGUCCCACUCGGCUUCUCAUCGUGCUCAAUCCCAACGAUCACACCUUGACCCUUUCUGUGGAAAGAAGACAACAACCCCACGUGAGGCCUCUCACCCUGCUUGAUCCCAGCGACCACAUCUUGACCUUGUCCAUACCAACAACCCCAUUCGAGGCUUCUGAUCCUGCUCGAUCCCAGAAACCACCUUGGUCUUUCCAGUGAAGAACAACAACCUCAUGCAAGGCUUGACAUCUUGUUCGACCCCAGCGACUACAACUUCAACUCUCCGUCGGGAAACGUCAACGCCACGCAAGGCUUCAUUGAAGGCAACGCCAUCCCAGCAACGAUCAUGACGACCCAGCAAGCCCAAGAGCCCUAUCGUGGCUACAAUGACGAGAGCCGAGCCCAUUGGGUGUUAAUUCCAACGAUUCUUUUUACCAUUCUCUGCCCUCUUCUCCUCGCCAUCCGAAUCCACGCCCGCAGAGCGACCACGAUGUUGGACCGUGGUGAUUGGAUCAGUGCCACAGCUUUGUUCUUCAACAUAGCUACCAAUGUCAUGUUCUUUGCCAUGGUCAGCCACGGUUUCGGCAAGCAUUCCGAUGUUAUCCCCAAGCACGAUCUCUUUUCAGCCCUUCAGAUCUGGUUCUUUGGUCAAAUCACCCACAAGAUUGCUCUCCAUCUCACCAAGGUCUCGCUCCUCUUGCUCUACGUCCGGAUCUUUAGUCACGUCCGAGCGUUCAAGUUAACAGCAAUGGGCCUGAUUUACUUUAUCCUCCUUUACAUGACCUCUUCGAGCAUCGUGGGUAUUUGCCAAUGCAUCCCCGUCGCCUCAGCCUGGGAUCUCGACAUCCGUGGAAAGUGUCUGAACCUUUACAUCAUCUGGAACAUGAACGCCAUCGUCUCUCUGGUCACCGAUCUCAUCAUCUUGGUCCUCCCGUUUCCUCUCGUCUUUAGAUUGCACAUCCCCCUAAGCCAGAAGCUUGCGUUGAUGCCAGUGUUUGGAUUGGGUGUGUUUAUUGUGGUGGCAUCCGCUCUCCGAGUCCAGUCGCUCCUAGUGAGCCAUGUGACGGACAGGACAUACGACAUCAUUGGAACGUUGUGGACGAUCAUCGAGUAUAAUCUCGCGUUUGUUUGCUUGUGCUUGCCUUCGGUGAGGGUGCUGUUGGUGAGAACCUGGCCAACAAUAUUCAAAAGCUCUGUUGGAAGAAGCCAGACCAGUGGUGCCACGGCUGGGCACAGAUAUGCGAGGGCCGGUGGGGGGGCCACAACCUGGCCCGUUAAGAUCGAGCUGGACGACCGCCCCUGGUCACGUGUGGGGGGUGAUGCUGGGCUGAAUGGGUCAGAUAGUACCGACGAGAUCCUCGGGUCUGGCGAGGGGGGUGAGGCUGGUGUUGAGCCAGCAGGGAUCACCAGGACGGUGGAGUUCGGGGUUGAGUUCGCGCCUGUGAGCGCUCCAGCUCGUGCGGCGACGCGCGAGAGCCGGGCCGGCGAGUCCGAGGCCUGAACGCUCGCGGGAGGUCGUGGUGGCGUUUGGGGACGUUUUGGUCUGCCGUGCGGAGGCGAGGGGGGAGGCGUUGGAGACCAGAGGACGGAGGAUGAUGGCCGGGCUAAUAAGCCCUGAGCAUUUUUAUAGGGCCAUGAGUGGAAUUUGAAUACAUUCAACUAUGACUUGU